GCGGUUUCAGACACCUAACUGAACAGCUGAACUGACCACUUCAGACAUUUGUGCUCUCUCUCUCUCUCUCGCUCUCUCCCUCUCUCUCUCCACCCUAUUUAUAUACUUUACCAAGACGCAACAGCUCCAUCAAGUUUUACACCACUCUAGAACUCUCCCUCUUCUCUUCUUCUCACACUCACCAAAUACCAAACCUUCCUUUAUCAGUUUCCUCCCAGUUCCCUAGUAUCUAUAGACAGAGAGAAAAACAUCAAACUGUGAAGAGAAGAAACCAUGAACUCUUUCCAAUCACAGAGACUAGAGUCACAAGACUCGUUGAAAAGGAGGUGGCAGGAGAUCAGGAGAUCAAGUGCAACCACUCAACCUUCUUCUGAUAUGAUCAGAAAACCUAAUGGUGCUCUCAACGGCUUCCCAGGCCUUCUUGGUGAUGAUGAUCUUGUUUCCACGUUGGUCCCUCCGGUGACUGUGGUGCUCGAAGGCCGCUCGAUCUGCCAGCGCAUCAGUCUCCAAAAGCAUACGAGCUACCAAAGUCUAGCCAAAGCCCUCCGGCAAAUGUUUGUGGAUGGCGGCGAUGUUGGAGCUACUGCGGCCGAUAUUGACAGUAAGGAUCUCGAUCUUUCUAAUGCCGUUCCGGGUCAUGUUAUUGCUUAUGAAGACAUGGAAAACGAUCUCCUUCUUGCUGGAGACCUGAAUUGGAAAGAUUUCGUACGCGUUGCCAAGAGAAUUCGAAUACUUCCUGCCAAGGCAAACUCAAGGAGGGGAGGGAGAAGGAGCGCAUAGGUAGCUAAGCAUAUGCUGGAAAUUUGGCAUUUUGCAGAAAGUAUUGGCAAGAAAGUCAAGGAAGUUAUAUAAUACAAGUCAUAAAUGAGAAACUUGUGUACGGCGUCUCAUGGAAACAUGGAUUAAUGUCAAAUAUAUAGCAUUCAUCUUUCUUGGAAUCAUGCACAUCAUGUACUACUCCUUUUUCCCAAUGAUCAUGUAAAUUAGAAUGACUUGAAUCCCCUUGUAUGAAUAAAGGACUCUCUUUCCGGAA